UCUUUUGGAAGUUUAAGCCCCGAUUCCAGAUCUGUUGGACUUCUUUUUAUUUCCCACCUAUAACAGUACGUUGCUGGAGAGAUCUGGAUAUAGAUUUCUUCUUUGAUGCCUUGGCUCUCUACCGUACAACAACCAGCCGUUGACCUUCCACUGCACCGCCACACGCCACACGCCGCCACGGCACCGCUGCUGUUCACUAGUCUUGUUUAAUUUGUACAUUAGCAUCUCUUUUUAACUUCUGUGCUUGAUCAACAAAUAAUGGAGUCCUUUUUAAAGGAGUUUGAACAUCUUAGAAUCCCACUUGAAGAGAUAAAUUUAGCCACUUACAACUUUGAUGAAACCAGAAUCAUAGGACAUGGUGGUUUUGGGAAGGUGUAUAAAGGAGAACUGUCUCAUUUUAAGGGGAGAAGCAUGGUUGCUUUCAAGCGUUUAGAUAGUAGAUUUGGGCAAGGGGUCCCUGAAUUCUGGAAGGAGAUCACGAUUUUGUCUCGUUACACACAUGGAAAUCUAAUCUCUCUAUUGGGUUUUUGUGAUGAGGAUGGUGAGAAGAUCCUUGUUUAUGAGCACGCAUCUAAUGGAAGCCUUGAUCGCCACUUAAGUUCUACGACUUUCACGUGGACUCAACGUAUCAAGAUAUGCCUUGAUGCUGCAAGAGGACUAAGCUACCUACAUGAUGACAAGGGAACCCAACAAAGAGUUCUCCACCGUGAUAUAAAGAGUGCCAGCAUCCUACUCGAUGCAAAUUGGAACGCCAAAGUUUCUAGCAUGGGGCUGUCAAAGAUACCACCUAUAAAUCAGCAGCACACGGGUCUUUUCACCAAUGUUGUUGGAACCAUUGGGUAUUGUGAUCCAACGUAUAUUAAGACGAGCUUCCUAACGAAAGAGUCUGACGUGUACUCUUUUGGCGUGGUAUUAUUGGAAGUGUUAUGUGGGAAAUUAUGCUUUGAAGAUCGCAAUGGUAUUUUAGUGCCGUUGUGGAAAAAAAGCUACGAACAGAAUAAACUACAAGAGAUUAUCUUUGAUGCUCUAAAACAACAGAUGGAUCAAAAUUCUUUGAAAACAUAUUCAGACAUCGCAUUUAAAUGUCUGCAUAGAUCUUGUGAAAAACGGCCAACGAUGCCACAUGUUGUAGAAGAACUUGAGACUGCACUUGCAUAUCAGGAGCUUUAUGAAAGAGCGAAGCUGCCAAAGGACUACAGAAAUAUGCUUUUGACUGCUGCAGUUCCACUGAACGAUAUAUCUGAAAGCGGAAUGAAGAUGCUUCUCCUUACAGGGGUCCUCAUUAACAGCGGCAAAACGUGGUUUUCGGUAAAUACGGAUGGAGAACAUUGUGAAAUGAUAUCUAUAGCAGAAUGUUUAACUUCAACUGCUAGUGAAUCUCCACACUAUAUACACUCGUCUGAAUAUGUUUCAAGAUUUACAGUGGGCUGCUAUGAACCAUUUGGAGCAAAAUUCAAAACACAUGUGAGAACUCAAUUCUUGUCACCAAGAAUCACAUACACUGUGAACCUUGUGUUCAAGAAUAAGAGUAACAGCCCAUAUAUACGCCUCAAAUACAAAUUAAAAGGGGAGCUAAGCGAUUCUUAUUCAUAUCUAUCAGACGAGAGAGAAGAUGGAUGGUUGACAGCUGAAUUGUAUCAGUUUACUAGUGAACAGGAAACUGUUGAUCUCGAAAUUUGGUUUUACACGGAGUUCUGUCCAACUUUACUAAUAGAAGGCAUCGAGUUUCUACCCCUGAAGAAAGUAGAACAUGAGGUGUUAACGGAUGGUAAGGUUGACAUGCAACCCAUAUCAGACGAUGAGACAUAUUGGGAACAAAAGCUGCCAAUUGAUUAUGAAGACAUGAUCAAGCGGUCAAAGGACUCUAUGCAAUGGAAAACCAAGGAGGAACUGUACUCUAUUCUUUGCAAAGGGUUUCUAAUCAGUUAUGGUGAAGAGUGGUUUUAUCUAGCUAACAAUGGGAAGAAGUGUCUUUUGCUGCCAGCAAGAGCGACUUUAGAAGAAGAUCGAUGGGAAUGGAAGCCUGAACCCGAAGCAAGAUUUGAAGAGGUGGCUAAUUGUAUAUUUGACACAUUUGGUAUUUUCUGCAAAUUCAGCUCCAAACUGCUGUCACCUCAAACAACAUAUGCAGCUUUCCUUGUCUACAAAUUACCGGAUGACUACAAAAGUGUUGAUCAGCCACCUCCUGUGCAAGUGGUCGAUGAAGAUUCCGAUUCUGAUUCGGAUUCGGAUUCGGAUUCUGAUUCUGAUUCGAAAGAAGUUUACAAUAUAUUUUUACGCACUCCUCAAACCCCAGUUAUCAGCUGGAAUGAAAAAGAAGAAAAAACCUACAAGCCAUCGAGCAGACCAAAUAUAAAAGGCCUUCCAAAACAGAGGAGUGAUGGCUGGAUGGAAGUACAAGUACAUGAAUUUCAAACACGCGCCAACAUCAAAAUGAUUUCCACGUGUCUUAAUCUCUCUAGUAAUGACAUGUCGCUUAAAGGGGUUAUUGUUCUGGGCGUUGAGUUUAGACCUGUAUAGAUUCUCUUCUUUAUAACAUAUAGUUUGUAACUUUUCAUUUUUCUACUUGUGAUAUACUAAUUACAGAAUAGUAGAUGCAAAGUUGCAAACGAACAAGACUCAAAAUAGCACGAGGCUUGGUGAAGAGCAUGUUAAAUAUUAAAUGUUUAAACAAAAAUAAAUUUAUAUCGUGGUA